UAUUUCCAUGGAAGCAGCCGGUUAGGCGAAAUGGCGAUCGACCAGACUAAAGGUUGGCGGAUCCUAUGGCAGUGCGCCUGGCAGCCAGCCACACCCGGGACCGGCUUCGCCCAGCGCUAGGGGCGUGGAGCCGCGCCGCGAAUGGCGCGUGAGCCUCCUGCGCACGCGCGUGCAGCGUCCGGGAUCCGGCCAGCCGCGCGGCUGAAGCGAGGGCGGGGAGGGAAAGCGAGCGGCGCCUGCGCCCCGGCGGUGAGCGGGCCCAGUCGUGGGCGGGGCUUGGGGCGGAGCCUGACCGUCACGCGCAGCACCGCCCCCGCGGCCUCGUAGCUCCUGCUGAGGCGGCAACCGCUCUUCGUCGGUCCUUACCGGUUGGCUGGGCCAGCAGUGCCCGGCUCUCAGCUGACGAUGGGGGACCCCAGCAAGCAGGACAUCUUGACCAUCUUCAAGCGCCUCCGCUCGGUGCCCACUAACAAGGUGUGUUUUGAUUGUGGUGCCAAAAAUCCCAGCUGGGCGAGCAUAACCUAUGGAGUGUUCCUUUGCAUUGAUUGCUCCGGGUCCCACCGGUCACUUGGUGUUCACUUGAGUUUUAUUCGAUCUACAGAGUUGGAUUCUAACUGGUCAUGGUUUCAGUUGCGAUGCAUGCAAGUCGGAGGAAACGCUAAUGCAUCUUCCUUUUUUCAUCAACAUGGGUGUUCCACCAGUGACACCAAUGCCAAGUAUAACAGUCGCGCUGCUCAGCUUUACAGGGAGAAAAUCAAAUCGCUCGCCUCUCAAGCAACACGGAAGCAUGGCACUGACCUGUGGCUUGAUAGUUGUGUGGUUCCACCUUUGUCCCCUCCACCAAAGGAGGAAGAUUUUUUUGCCUCUCACGUUUCUCCUGAGGUGAGUGACACAGCAUGGGCAUCAGCAAUAGCAGAACCAUCUUCUUUAACAUCAAGGCCUGUGGAAACCACUUUGGAAAAUAAUGAAGGUGGACAAGAGCAAGGACCAAGUGUGGAAGGUCUUAAUGUACCAUCAAAGGCUGCUUUAGAGGUUUCCUCUAUCAUAAAAAAGAAACCAAAUCAAGCUAAAAAAGGCCUUGGGGCCAAAAAAGGAAGUUUGGGAGCUCAGAAACUGGCAAAUACAUGCUUUAAUGAAAUUGAAAAACAAGCUCAAGCUGCGGAUAAAAUGAAGGAGCAGGAAGACCUGGCCAAGGCGGCACCUAAAGAAGAAUCAAUUGGUAUUUCACAUUCAGUGACUUCAGAUAUGCAGACCAUAGAACAGGAAUCACCCAUCAUGGCAAAACCAAGAAAAAAGUACAACGAUGACAGUGACGAUUCAUAUUUUACUUCCAGCUCAAGGUACUUUGACGAGGCAGUGGAGUUAAGGAGCAGUUCUUUCUCUAGCUGGGAUGACAGUUCAGAUUCCUACUGGAAAAAAGAGACCAGCAAAGAUACUGAAACCAUUCUGAAAACCACAGGCUAUUCAGACAGACCUACUGCUCGCCGCAAGCCAGAUUAUGAGCCAGUUGAAAAUACAGAUGAGGCCCAGAAGAAGUUUGGCAAUGUCAAGGCCAUUUCAUCAGAUAUGUACUUUGGAAGACAAGCCCAGGCUGAUUAUGAGACCAGGGCCCGCCUAGAGAGGCUGUCGGCGAGUUCCUCCAUAAGCUCGGCUGAUCUGUUCGAGGAGCAGAGGAAGCAGGCAGCAGGGAACUACAGCCUGUCCAACGUGCUGCCCAGUGCCCCUGACAUGGCGCAAUUCAAGCAGGGAGUGAGGUCCGUUGCUGGAAAACUCUCCGUCUUUGCUAAUGGAGUCGUGACUUCAAUUCAGGAUCGCUAUGGUUCUUAAUACUGAAGUCGUGAUAUGUAUUUCCUGGAGAAAUUCUUCUGUAAAUGAACCAGUGACCACGCAACAGGCGGCAGUGAAGACCAGAUAGUUUUGCGGAUUGUUUUGCUACUUUUUCAUAUGGUAUAUGUUUCUGAUUUUUAAUAUUUCUUUUGAGAAAUUCUGAGUUCUGAUGUAGUAGGAGCUUUACUGUGAUUUCUGUUUCGUGUUCCUUCCUGCCACACCCUCCUUUGGCGUCUCCACGUAUAUCCUUGCUUUAUUUUCUUGGAACCUUUGGUUUCAACACUGAGGGCCUGGAGACAUCGGCUCCUCCUGCUCCUGAACCAGGAGGCUUCACGUAGGGGAGGAGAGGUCUCCAUGUGACACGUGGGCUCAGGGCUGCCAGAAUCAAAAGAUGCCAGAUGGACCUGCAGAAACAACGCUCACCACACACAUGUCCUUCAAAAGACCAAAGUGACGGGUGUCUCCUGUGACAGGUUGCUUCAUUUAUGUUUCUACAUAGUAAGGUGACUGCCAAAUAAUAUUUGAAGUCAUCUGUCUCUUUGUAAAUUAUUUUCUAUGACCUAUAAAUUUAAAAAUAUUUUUCAGUGAGUGCUUUUAACAAAUGUAAGCUGCCUUGCCAAGGGGAUUAAUGUUAUCUUGUAAAAGGUGUUGCUGUUUGAAUUGAUGAGAAAUGGAAGAUGAGAACUCCCUAAGGGUGUUUAUAAAUCGAUGUGGUAUACAGAAUUAAAAUGGAGUGAGGUAAGAAGAUACAGCUACAGAGAAUAGUUCCAUGUAUGGGAGAACAGUCAUUGUAAUUGGGUAGUUUUGUUAAUAUUUUUAAACCUUGCUUUUCAAAAAUUACAGAAUGUGUAUAAACGAAUAAAGAAAAAUAAUUUAGCUGUGUUUUAGACAGCAUUAGAAUAUAUUGUUCAGCACAGUAAAAUAUAUUUGAAAUCUGAUAAGCCAAAAAUGUGGUUUUGAAUGAAUAUUUUGUGAAUCUUUCUUAAAAGCUCAAAUUUGUAGACUUCUAAAUAGAAUAAACACUUGCAGCAGAUGG